AUGGAAAAAUCACUACCCGCAGAGCAUCAUGAGGAUACCGAACCAGAGAAAGUCGUGAUCGAGUCUCCUUCGAGCGAAGAAGGCACCUAUACCGUCGACCCCAUCGAGUAUGAAAAGCGCAAUCGACGCCUCAACCGGCGGCUCGACAUUCGCAUCCUGCCCCUCUGCUGCUGGGUCUACCUGCUCAACUUUCUCGAUAGAGGCAACAUUGGCAAUUCUAAGGUGCUCAACUCGGAGACCGGGGAUGACCUGCUUCAGCAGACGCACAUGACGGCCCAUGGCUACGCCAUCACCGUCUCCCUCUUCUCGCUCGCCUACACAAUCUUUGAGGUUCCGAGCAACUAUGUCAUGAAGCAUUGGGUCCGUCCGUCGCUGUGGCUGGGGUUCCUCCUGUUUGCGUGGGGUGCAUUGACGAUCGGGUUUGCUGGUGUGCAGAACUAUGCGACGGUCGUGGUGUUGAGGUUCUUGAUCGGUGCCUUUGAGGCCGGUUUCUUCCCAGGUAUCGUCUACUUCAUCACGAUCUGGUACCGCUACAACGAGCGCGCCGUCCGCAUCGCCUGCGUCGUCGCCUUCUGCAACCUCGCCGGCGCCUUCGGAGGCGCGAUCGCCUACGGGGUGGGCCACGUCAACGGCUCGGCCGGCCUCGAAGGGUUCAGGUGGCUCUUCAUCAUCGAGGGCAUCAUCACGCUGGUCUCGGCCUCGUUCCUGUUCUUCCUCCCCGACUAUCCCGCCCGGGCCAAGUUUCUGAACGAGUCGGACAAGCGCUUCGCCGAGGACCGGUUGAAGGAACGAGGGGGUGGCUAUCUCAGGAGCCACGCCUCGAGAAAGGAAGUGCUCGAGACCUUCUUCAGUCCGAGGAUGUUGGCGCAUUAUAUCGCAUACAUCGCCGACGUCGUCCCCCAAGGGUCAUUCACAUUCUUCACGCCAACCAUCGUCAACGGGCUCGGCUACACGUCGAUCCACGCACAGCUGCUGACGGUGCCGCCGUGGUGCGUGGGCUUCGUCGUGGCCAUCACGCUGUCCUACUCGGCAGACCACUUCAACGCGCGGGGCGUGCACAUCACGAUCGCGUCACUGGUCGGCGCCGCGGGGUGGCUGGCCGCGGGCCUGCUGCCGCCGGAUGCCUACACGUCGCGGUAUGGGUGUCUGUGCCUGGCGGCGUGCGGGGCGUUCCCCGUCGCGCCGUCCAUGGCCAACUGGGUCGCGUGCAACACGCCUUCGCUGCUGACCAUCCCCUUCGCCAUCGCCCUCAACAACAGCUCCGCUGGCAUCGGCCAGAUCAUCGCCCAAUGGAUCUGGAAGGCCGACGAGGCCCACAAGGGCUAUCCCACGGGCAACUUUGUCUGCGCCGGCUGCGGCUUCUUCGUCGCCGCCAUGACCGCCGGCCUGAGGCUGUGGUACGGCCGCAUGAACAAGAAUGGGGUGAGGGACGCCAGUGGAGCAGAGCGGAUCUGGGUCCUGUAA